AUGGCUGGGGCGGGCAUUUCGGUGUCUGCGAAUCUGCCAGAUUUCAGAUCCAAGGGUGGGCUGUAUGACCAGUUGAGGCAGACCACCAAGAUCACCGCCCCGGAGACCAUCUUCACCCGGGACUUUCUGAAAGAGCAGCCUUCACUCUUCUACAGCGUGAUGCAGCAACUUAAGACGGAUCAUGUAUCCCCUACCCUCACACAUGAGUUUCUCAAGAGGCUGCAGGACAGAAACAUCCUAAGGAGAAUCUACACACAGAACAUUGAUUGCUUGGAGCACAAGGUUGGCAUUGACGAGUCGUUACUGGUGGAAUGCCAUGGAACCACACGAAGAGCCAGGUGCGAUCAGUGUCGCACUUUCAUUUCUAAGGAAAAGUAUUUUGAUCAAGCCAAUCCACCAAGAUGCAGUUGUGGCAGCGCGCUCCGUCCGGACAUCGUGCUCUUCGGAGAGUCAUUGCCUGAGAGCUUUCAACAGCACAAGAGCGAUUUCCAAAACGCGGAUCUCCUGAUCAUCUUGGGCACUUCUUUGAAAGUGAAUCCUUUCGCGUCCUUGCCCAAGCUCAUCAAGCCCGACUGCGCCUUGUUGGUCAUCAACCGCGAGUUCCCAAAGAGCUUGCAGCUGCACCGCCGGGUCAGGGCCUUGCGGUCACGCCUGAGCGGCAUCAAGCUGCGAAAGCACGUCUUCCUGGGUGGUGACUGCGACACCAGCGUCCGCUGGCUCAUGCAAGAGCCGGGUUGGGCGCAACAAGUCUCCGUCUAA